AGUUGGAAUAUUUAUUCAUAUAACUGAUUAUUGUAUUUUUUUUAAAAACUGUACAAUUGUAUACUGUUUCUUGUCGAUUUACAGAGGUACUGUUGAAAUGUGGAAGCUUAAAGGAGCAGUUGUAGUUCUACUGGUGGUUGUAUACAUCACACAUGGACAAGUGAGCGAGCAAGUAAGCAAUCCCUGUGUGGUGGCAAAGUCAUGUGGGGAGUGUAUAGCGAUAUCGCCGAAAUGCGGCUGGUGCGCGGACACGGGGUACGAUAACACAUACAAGGACAGAUGUGACCUCCUCACCAACUUUAAGGAAGAAGGAUGCUCAGCGGCCAAUAUUUCAAACCCACAAAAUAAGCUUACGUUCCUUAAGGAUGACCCUGUUCAGGAUGGCCAGAGAGUCGGAGAUGCCGUCCAAAUACAGCCACAGUCUAUUAACAUCAAGAUACGACCAAAUACUCCGGAGACGUUGACACUGACCUUCCGUCUAGCUGAAAACUACCCUGUAGACCUCUACUACCUUAUGGAUUUGUCGAACUCUAUGAAGGAUGACAAAGACAACCUUGCUUCUCUCGGAAAUAAGAUUGCUGCGGAGAUGUCCAACAUUACCAAGAAUUUUCGUCUUGGUUUCGGCUCGUUCGUGGACAAGGUGGUGAUGCCUUAUGUUUCAACGGUUCCUUCCAAGCUUCAAGAACCGUGUCUCGGCUGUGAGCCCCCGUAUAGCUUUAAGAACCAACUGCGACUUGACACUAACACUGACUUGUUUGAGGAAUAUGUGAAGAAAGCACGUGUGUCUGGUAACCUUGACGCCCCAGAAGGAGGCUUCGAUGCUAUCAUGCAAGCUGUUCAGUGCAAGGAAAACAUAGGUUGGCGCAAUGUGUCCAGAAAGCUGCUUCUAUUUUCAACUGAUGCGGGCUUUCAUUUUGCUGGUGAUGGAAAGCUGGGCGGUAUUGUGAAACCCAAUGACGGUGACUGUCACUUGGACCCUGCUGGCCGAUACUCCGAGGCCGAAAAUCAGGAUUAUCCAUCUGUGAGCCAGAUAUCCACAAAGAUUCGGGAGAACAGCGUGAAUGUUAUCUUUGCUGUGACGGAAGAUCAGUUGCCCGUGUAUAACAAACUGUCGCAGUAUAUCGAAGGAUCGGAGGCAACUAAACUUGCCGCGGACUCGUCAAACAUUGUAACCGUCAUCAAGAACAACUACCAGAGAAUCACAUCGAAGGUUGAGAUGAACACUCAGUUCGCAGAGAACAUCACGGUCAAGUUCAAGAGCAGCUGUAAAUCUGGAGGUGAGAUGCAGGAAACAAAGGUCUGUGAGGGUCUGUCAAUCGGUGACAGCGUAACAUUCGAGGUGUCCGUCAUGGUGACAGAUUGUCCGACAGAGCCAAGCAAAAGGAGUCGAACAUUCUCCAUCUACCCCAUUGGUCUCUCAGAGUCCCUUGACAUCAGCCUCGAUCUGAUUUGUGAAUGUGACUGUGAAAAACCGGAGAAGGAGAUUGCAAACAGCGACCAGUGUAACAAAAUGGGAACGUUCGAGUGUGGCCAGUGUACAUGUGAUAAGGACCGAUACGGGAACAAAUGUGAAUGUGACGGCACGCAGAGUACUAGCGAGGAAUCCCUGGCAAAAUGCAGGAACCCAAACUCGACCAGCCAGGUUGUAUGUUCAGGUCGUGGCGAGUGUGUGUGUGGAGGGUGUGACUGUAAACCCAGAAGGGCUCACUCCACUCAGAAAUACAGUGGAAUGUACUGCAAUUGCGAUGACUAUGCGUGCAGUUACCAUGACAACCAGCUAUGUGGAGGCAACGGACGCUGCGAAUGUGGUACUUGCAAAUGUAACCCAGGCUUUACCGGCGAUGCUUGUAACUGCCCUACAUCAGACGAUACAUGCAUAACGGCUAAGGGACUGCUGUGCAAUGGUGUUGGAGAAUGUGAAUGUGGCGUGUGCAAGUGUAACGCCACUACUGACUACAAGGGACCAACUUGUGAGGAAUGCCCUACCUGCCCUGGCAAGUGUGAGGAAAACAAGCACUGUGCGCUAUGUAUGGGCUUCCAGACGGGAAAAUAUGGGUCAGAUGAGUGUAAACAGAAGUGCCAACACGUGACACUCGUAGAUGAAAUUGACGAGGAGGAAGUAAAAAAGCGUGAAGACCUUCAUCUGUGCCAGUUUAACGAUGAUGAGGACGACUGUCGCUACUUCUUCACAUACAAAUACGUGGAAAACAAUGAUGUAGAAGUGGAGGUCCAGAAAACUAAAGUGUGUCCCGAGUCUGUGAACAUCCUAGCCAUCGUUCUGGGAACAAUCGGAGGAAUCGUGUUCGCCGGUCUGGUGUUCCUCGUUAUUUGGAAAAUCUGGACGACCAUUCACGAUCGACGAGAGUUUGCUAAAUUUGAAAAGGAAACGCAGAAUGCUAAGUGGGACACUGAGGGUAACCCCUUGUACAACCCUGCGACCUCCACGUUUGUUAACCCCGCCUUUGAUGAAGCAGAUCGGGCUGCUCAAAAGCCCCAACAAUACUAGGCUAGCGGAGAGAAUCCAAUUUACCAACAAGCCACAUCAACUUUCAAGAAUCCAACAUACGCUGGAAAGUAGAUUGGUCAAUCUAUUUAAUACUAUCCAAUCAGACUGCUGUACCCCACCCGCCAUAUUUCGCUCUGUAGACUGGUUUACAUUAUUAUAUAAAAAGCGGUAUACUUGACUUGACUGGUAUCUACCACUUUAAUGGAGUAAUGGAAUACAAUUAUUAUGUAUGGUGUGCUUUGGUAUAACCAUGAAGUAAGAUUGACAUAGAGAUUGUAAUUCUUUCAACAAUUUUUUACAUACCAUCAUGAAGUCAGUAAAUUUCAAGGUGUGAUAGUAAAAGUUUGUAGGGGGGGGGGGGGAGCGGGGGAGUAGUUGCAAGAGAUAAGUUUCUAAUCAGUUCCUGUAUCGUAGUUAUGGAGUUCUUGCUUCAUAAAUAAAUGAGAUUUAUUAACGAAAAAAAACAAAGGCCUCAGUAUCACAAUGCCUUGACUAGUAUUUCCUGUGCUCGAUAAUCACGUGCCUGAUUAUGGGGCUCAUUUUAUGGCUAAAGACGAAUUCUUGAAGCCGAAUGUAAGCCAACAUAUGUCUUACUUUCGUUCAGGCUUAGUUAAGAUUGGAGGCCCAUUUAAUCAAGAACAGUGAAUGUGUAUGGGCAUUUAAACAUCGGGGUCUGGGUUUUGAAUCUCAUGCGUGUCACAUUUAAGAAUUAUUUAUAUUAAGAAUGGCAUCGAAACAUGAUUAGUAUCACCGAAUAUCUUAACAAAUCUGUGUUCACUUUAUUUUCUCAGUUUGUUAAAAUUGAAAUUUUAUCCCAAAAAAUAGUAAAUCAAAUUGAUGGACUUGAAUCAGUCAAGACAAACAUUUACUUUGAUUAAUAUAUGCUGUAUGCAAUUUUCUCUAAGCCUUAUAGUGCUUGUGAUAUUUAUCUUAUGUAUGUUUUGUAUCAUUUUUACCAAUUUUAUGAUUGAAGAGCUUUUUUUUUACGCUUUUAUAAAUGCAUUUUUCAUUAGAGCUUAUUUUGAAUUUUAUUUAAAGUUGAUAUUGGCAAGACAAGAAUAUCAAAUGAAUUUUUUUGGACUGCAUACAUGUAAACUUUUUAUUUCAAAUAUAAGAAAACGACCUUCGUUAAAUUUAAAUAAGUCAAAUAUUAAUCAUGUUCAACUAAUUUUCAUCAAAUUUUGUACAUCGAUGAUGAGACAACCCCAUUUUUUUUACUUGACAUUCAUUAACACUGUGUACAUACAGCCAUACUAUAUUUUGUACAGGUAUAAUUAAAAACCUAAUGCUUAUAGUUUUUGUAACCCCCCAAGAGUUACCUUGUAGCUAUUAUUAAACAAGUAUGACAUUCUUUGUGAAUGAUUCACAGUUUCAAUUAAUUUCUGAAAUGAUUUGCAUGGUACUUAACAGAUAACGAUAAUUAUCAGCUGUCUUAGUAUUUAACAAGGUGCUACGUCAUUAUCCAUAUUCUAUAACUGAUAUUGAAAGGUUGUCAGCAAAAACGCGCUAAAUUAUGAUACUCUAUUUGAGUGAAUUGGGUGCCAGAAUGCCUCAUACAUAUAUUAAAUGAAAGGCAUGUAAAGCUCUUCUGAUUGUGAUGUUACUGUUUUUCUACAAGUGUUUAUUGAAGGGUAAACAUUUGUAAGACACUUAGCUAUGAGGCUUCGUUCAGAUGUUCAGAUCGUAACAAUUCUUCAGUUAAUGAAAUGAUUACUAAAAUAACUCACUAACUUAUGAAGUAAAACGACCAAUAAAGAUCGUGUUAAUGUGAAUUAUCGUUUUUUACUACUGAUACUAAUUAAAUGGAAAUCUCUUUCCACUUAAUUAUGGAUCUUCAGUCAAUUAAUAACACCUGUUCAAUGAAUAAUUGCCAAAAUAGCUGACUGUCUAUGAAGUAAAAUGUUGAAAACCUGUUCGUUUGAAUGCUAUUAUGCAAUUUUCCUGUUGCAGGAGCAGCGUUUCAUUGGUUAGAAUUAGGUUUGUUGCAUUUGAUAAUCCACAUUGCUCUGUAUUAACGAUCUAAGGCUUGACAUAGUAAUUUGUUGUGUUCAAAGAUAAGUUGUAUGACGUCAUCCUGCGGUUUACCUUCUCGAGUUAUUCUGAAGUAAUGUGGCGAUACACUUACCAUAUAUUAUUUUCUAAAUCAACCUACAUAUAACAAUGUGUGUAUACCACGUGUCAAUUUAUGUCAUAAAUGCUAUGUCGGAAGGCAAUAUUUUGCUUUAAAUGGAGACUUUAAACAAAAAUAACCACUAUUUAUUCACCAUUCUAAAUGAAAAUGGCACAGUCUAGAGUUUGAGGAAACUAAUCACCUAAUCAAACUCCGAUAUUAAAAGGAAGACAGGGUUUUUUUAAGCGACACAGACUGCCCUUCAUUUAAAAUGGUGAAGAAAAAGAAAAGUUGUCUUUGUUUUAAGUCAUCAUUUGAAUCAAAAUGUUGCAUGAAGACGUAGCAUUUAUGACGUAAUUGAUCACGUGGUAUAUACACACUGUAUAAUAGAUUUGAUUUGGCAAUAUAAUUGUAAUAACUUGCUUCGAAAUUGCUAUGAAAUAAAUAAGUUAUGACUCAAUUCCAUCCUUAUGAUUCUAAAACUGAGAUCAAAUAUUUCUUUAUAAUUUUCUUUCUAUUGUCUGAUUUGACUUUUCCAUUGCCAAACUAUGUAUACGUCUGUAGUAUAAAUGGUGCAUUUCAUAAUCAACUCAUAUGAACAUCUGCUUACACAUGUAAAUGUACAUUAAAUUACAUAUCCAUUUUGUUUUACUUUCUUAGUCAUUGCAAUUUUUUCUGUAUUUAUUGUAUUAGUUACUGCUUAGCUAAAUUCUUAAUAAAAUUAGGAUGAACUCUUUUUUGUAAUUGUAAUUUGUGUUUGUAAUAAGUUGUGCCUUGACUGAUUUUUAGCUUUUUAUACUGUUUCUUUUGCAUUGAUUAUAAAGAAAGCAGCUCUGAACCAGAAAUGCUGAAAUAUUUGUUUUAAGUAAGUUGAUUUCAUCCUAGUGCUGUUUUGUUGAAUUGAUGUACGUAAAGAGGUUGCGAACUCACAAUGUGUACAUGUAAAAGUUGAAUAUGAGUUUAAAACUUAUGAACAAAUUUCUCCUUAAACGUGUUUGUGUAGAUUUGCUGAAAGUGCUUCACUUGCUAACACACAUGAUAUUCUGAAUGCGGCAGUGAUUUUUUUUUAUUAUACUCACCAACUGUUUUGUCCAAAUUGGGAUUUUUCAAUUUGGGAAAAAUACAAAGUCAUGCUAAAAUAGCAAAUAUACAUGUUUUUACUUAAAUUCAUACAUUAGUCUUAUCAAGAUUUUGUUGAUUUUUUAAGAAAUUCAUUUGUUUUUUUACUAAUUUGCUGAAUCUGCAUUUAAUUAAUUGGGAAAUUAUCAUCAAAUCUUGGAAAAAAUGAAAAAAAUUUCACACGGGAAACAGCUUUCAAAAGGCAGUAAAUUGCACCCCCAAAAAAUCAUUGAGAUGUGUGCACUUUCCACAUACCUGGUUGAUGACAGCACAAAAUGUCUACACCUACACCUACCCGUACAAGAAGUGAUGCGCAACUUCUCCAUUAAAUAGCAAAGCUUGUCCUGAGUACUGUCUGAGUAGUUUUGUGGUUAAAAAUAGCUAUUUUGUUGAUGUAUAUAUACUUGAGUUAGUAUUUAAAGCGUAUUUUAGUUCUUCACAUUAAGUGCCAAGUGUAUAGUAUAUUGUUGUUAUUAAGAGUGAAAUAUAGCAAUUGUACAAGUGUAGACCAAUAUGUUUGUUUUACUUUGAAUUAAAGAGCACGUGUAGAUAGAGCACUUAAGUUUGUGGGAAAAAAUGGUAUAACCUUGCAAUUUUUGACUCUUAGAAAAACCAUGAUAUUAUGUUUGCCUACUUGGAUGAUAAAUGUUUGUACAUUGAAGUUGUGAUUGUAUAAAGUGGUUGUUUUUGCCUGCAGACUGAUUCAUGAAUUAGUGUAUUUUUUGUGUCUUCUUUCAAAGCUGCACUCUCACUGAUUGACUAUUUUGACAUUUCUUUUUAGUUACUGUGUCUCAGAAUCAGCUAAUUUCAAUAGCAAUGCCUUUAAAUCAGUCAUACAAGAUAAAUCAUAAUAGAAUAGAUCUCAAUUAUUCAGAAAACUGCCAAAAAAAAUAAUUUUCUUAAUGCAAUAUAAUGCAGUUAUUAAACGUCAAUUUUUCGAACAUAAAUAUGAAAAAUUGCAAUCUGAUCUUUUGUCAACAGUCUUGUAUCACUGGUUUCCAGACAUUGCCAUGUUCCAAGACAAAAAAUAAAAAAAAGUUGUCAAAACGUUCAAUUUGUGAGAGUGCAGCUUUAAAACACUUGUUUGUGGUAGCAUCACUAAAUUCAUAUAUUGGAUAAAAAUAAACAUUGUUACUAAGAUUACAGAAUGAAAUGAUAAUGUUUUUAAUAUUAAUUGUAGUAGCCAAGCAUUUGUAUGGUAUAUUUUUUAUACAACUUGGUUCACCACAUUUCACUUUUUCAGUACUUUUCCAGAAAAUGAAAAGAGACAUAGAUUGUAAUACAUGUAAAUUAAAAGAUUGAAAUAAAACAGCUGCUUGAACUAUUUACUUUAUUUGUUACUAUUAAUUAGUAUCUAUUAUUUACAUACAUUAUGUACCUUUGCUUUGUAAGAAUGGAGCUUUGACUGCGAGUCAGUGUACUUUGUAUUUUAUAUUUUCAUUUACUGUUACUUGUAAUCAUUUAUUGAAGGUUUUAUAAUAAAAUAUACUGAAACUGU